AUUUACAUUAACCAAACCGGGUAUAACCCAAUUUACAUUGAUUGCCAGCUCACCACUUCAUUCCCGCGCUUUCCAGAACCCUCUCGACUCUCUCUCUCUCUCUCUCUUCUUUCUCUCUCCUCUUGCAGUAGCAGAGAAAUCCAGUCCUCACUGGUUGUUUCCCGAUCCAUCUUCCACAAUCUUCCACCUCUGUAUUAUCUCUCGAUCUCCUCCCCAAAUUGUAUAUAUAAUCAAAUGGCACAUCUCAUUCUUCUCCAUCAAAAUUCACGAACAAUUUAACUGCCAAUUUCCAUCACACACACACACACACACAAAAACACCUACUGAAAUCUCGAUUGUUUUCGACAAUGGCGAAGAGUGAAGGGAAGGCAAUCGGAAUCGACCUCGGCACGACGUACAGCUGCGUCGGCGUUUGGCAGAACGACCGCGUCGAGAUCGUCCCCAACGACCAGGGCAACAGGACCACCCCGUCCUACGUGGCGUUCACCGACACCGAGCGGCUGAUCGGCGACGCCGCCAAAAAUCAGGUGGCGAUGAACCCUCGGAACACCGUUUUCGACGCCAAGCGCCUCAUCGGCCGCCGAUUCUCCGACCCCUCCGUCCAGGGCGACAUGAAAUUCUGGCCGUUCAAGGUGAUCCCCGGCCCCGGCGACAAGCCGAUGAUCCAGGUUCAGUAUAAGGGAGAGGAGAAGCAGUUCUCCGCCGAGGAAAUUUCGUCUAUGGUGUUGACGAAAAUGAGGGAAAUCGCCGAGGCGUUUCUAGGGCAAACUGUCAAAAACGCCGUCGUAACGGUCCCCGCCUAUUUCAACGAUUCGCAGCGGCAGGCGACCAAGGACGCCGGAGCUAUCGCCGGACUAAACGUUAUGAGGAUUAUCAACGAGCCUACCGCCGCCGCCAUAGCUUACGGUUUGGACAAAAAGGCUUCGAGGAGCGGCGAGAAAAACGUGUUGAUUUUCGAUCUCGGCGGCGGGACUUUCGAUGUCUCCUUGCUCACGAUCGAGGAAGGUAUCUUCGAGGUGAAAGCCACCGCCGGAGACACCCAUCUGGGCGGCGAAGACUUCGACAACCGCCUGGUGAACCACUUUGCGGCGGAGUUCAAGCGGAAGCACAAGAAAGACAUCGGCAGUAACCCCAGGGCUCUCCGGCGGCUGCGAACCGCAUGCGAGAGGGCAAAGAGAACCCUCUCCUCCACGACUCAGACCACAAUCGAGAUCGAUUCUCUCUACGAAGGGGUCGAUUUCUUCGCCACGAUCACAAGAGCCCGAUUCGAGGAGCUAAACAUGGAUAUGUUCAGAAAAUGUAUGGAGCCAGUGGAGAAAUGCUUGAGAGAUGCCAAGAUUGACAAAAGUCAAGUUCAUGAUAUCGUUCUUGUCGGAGGAUCAACAAGAAUCCCCAAAGUGCAGCAAUUGUUACAGGAUUUCUUCAACGGGAAGGAGCUCUGCAAGAGUAUAAACCCCGACGAGGCGGUGGCUUACGGUGCCGCCGUUCAGGCCGCCAUUCUCACCGGAGAAGGGGAUCAAAAAGUUCAAGAGUUGCUGCUUCUUGAUGUGGCCCCUCUUAGCCUCGGUAUCGAAACCGCCGGUGGAGUGAUGACAGUUUUGAUACCGAGAAACACCACAAUUCCGACGAAGAAAGAACAAGUUUUCUCGACUUACGCAGACAAUCAGCCAGGUGUCGUGAUCCAAGUGUACGAAGGGGAGAGGCCUAUGACUAAGGACAACAAUCUUCUCGGCAAAUUCGAGCUCAAGGGCAUUCCGCCUGCUCCGAGAGGGGUCCCACAGAUCAACGUGUGCUUCGACAUGGAUGCAAAUGGGAUUCUAAAUGUUUCGGCGGAGGAUAAAACUGCAGGUGUGAAGAACAAGAUCACGAUCACAAACGAUAAGGGGAGGUUGAGCAAAGACGAAAUCGAGAGAAUGGUGCAGGAGGCGGAGAAGUAUAAGGCGGAGGAUGAAGGGGUGAAGAAGAAGGUGGAAGCAAAGAAUGCUUUGGAGAAUUACGCUUAUAACAUGAGGAACACCGUUAAGGACGACAAGAUCGGAUCGAAAUUGGGUGGAGAGAAGGCGAAGAUCGAGAAGGCGAUUGACGAGACGAUUGAUUGGCUGGAGAGGAACCAAUUGGCUGAGGUGGAGGAGUUUGAGGAUAAGUUGAAGGAUUUGGAGAAUUUGUGUAACCCGAUUAUUUCGAAGAUGUAUCAGGGUGGCGCCGGAGAUGUGCCGAUGGGCGGCGGUUUUGACAUGAAUGGUGGUGCUGGUGGUGGCUAUGGUAAGGCUGGUUCCGGGAAUGGUGCUGGUCCUAAGAUUGAAGAAGUUGAUUAAAUCCUCUGCUUCUUACUCUGUUUUCUUUUAGUGUUUGUGGGCUAGAAUUUGAGAUCAAUGUGAAAAAAUUGAUAUUGUUGCUAUAUAGUAAUGUACUAUGUUUGAAAUUACUUGUUUGGGAUAAGUAAAUUCUUGUACUUUGAAGAUUAUGUUGAUGUAAUGAAAUAAAAUUAGAAUUGUUUCUUUCAAA